AUGAGUCCUACCCCGCCACAAGAUCCCGCCAAAAUAAGUCCUUCUCCGCCACAAGAUCCCGCCAAAAUAAGUCCUUCUCCGCCACAAGAUCCCACCCAAAUCCUCUUGGUCAACCCUGUACGUGGCAGCCACUUCUUCUUCAUGCUUGAUAUCGGCAAAGUGCUAGCUAAUGCAGGCUACAACGUGACUCUCAUAACCCUGGAUCCAGACAGCAGAGCAGCCCUACCCUCCUCUGAUCCCCUGUUCCGAGUCAUCACUCCUUCAGAGUCAAGCUUCAUGUAUAAUGUGGAGUUUCAUAACCGGUCGGAGGAGUGUGUGAAGCAGCUAGCGGAGGACUAUUCGGCGGAGGAGGGUAUGUCGAUGUCAGUAAGGGUACCCGCGUGUAGGGAUACCGUGUUGGAUAUGUAUGGGAAGUCACUGGAAUUCUUCCAUGGUACUCAGUGGAAGAGGCUGAGGGAGGAGAACGAUUUCAAACUUAUUGUUGCCGAGGAAAGGACAGUCUGGGCUGCAUCUCUUGCUUAUUGGGGGAGUGGGAUACCAGUUGCUAUGGUGAACCCCGAACACUCUUACAUCCUGCCCAAAGUCAAGCAUCAGCUUCCCCUGCUCUUCAACAACGAGCCUGGAAUGCUAAACAUUCAUUUUCAUGAAAACAAGGGUCUCUUUUUGAAGUUACAGAGCUUGGUGAGCGCCAUGCAGAUGAUCCCUUUCGCUAUGCAACUGAAUGAGAUCUUCAAGCCGUUCCUUGAUGAAAGGAAUCUGACCUCCCUUAACGAUGUUACUAAGACUAUAGAUUUGUUCCUUGUUAACGAUUACCCUUCAUUCUCGUUCCCGUACAAGCUUCCCCCCACUGUGGUCAAGAUAGGAACUUUGGGGUACUCCUCCUCUACAGCCCUACCAAGCUACCUCACUGAAUUCCUUACUAAAGACUCUAAAGAAACCAUUUAUUUAUCAUUUGGAAGCUAUGUUGCUUCUGAUCUGGACUGGUUGGAAAGGUAUAGCUUGUUUAUGGAGGCAGCUAAAGUGCUCGACAUGAAGAUCAUCAUCUCCCUGGGAUCUGAGGAGCAGUCCUUCUCUAAAAUAUUUCGCUCAGAUGAGCAGAAAUCUUACUCCGAGGGUAUCUUCUCGUCAGAUCACGUGUACGUAUCAAAGUGGUUACCCCAGAAAGCUCUCUUGGACAGUGGUCACGUGACUCUAUUCGUUUCUCAUUGUGGUAGUAACUCUCGGAUGGAGGGUAUUUACUAUCAGGUCCCCAUCCUCUGUAUACCACUCUACGCAGAGCAAAUAGUAAUUGCCAACAUCAUCAAAUACCGAGGAUUCGGCAACAUCCUCCCUAAAGAGAACCUCACCCCCUCUAACAUCCUACAAUCUCUCAACACCACACUCCAACACGGAGCUCAGUUCAGGGCGAAGAUGGGACGCGCGGUUAAAGUUCUGGAACUUUCCCCGAUUACCAUAGAAGAGAACUUAGUGUACCACGUGAAGUUGCUGCUUGAGUUGGGGGAGCUGCCGUAUUUGGAAAAUGAUGUACUGGAGGGGAAGAGUGUGGUUGAUGCGAAUAAUUUGGAUGUUUUGGGACUUGUGGUGCUGGUGGCUGCUGUGGUUUUGUGGAUUGUGGUGGGAGUGAUAAAAGAAGAUAGUGUAAUUGACAAGGUGUACGAUAUUGCUGUAGGCCCUUAG